ACCCUUCUUCGCCCUUCCACCAUCUUCGUCUUCGUCGAGCGUGUCCGAGCUCAUUCUUUUCGUUGUUCAGACGCUUGAGCGAGUCGAAAAGACAGUACAAGAUGUUUGCAAAGGUCCUUGCUGUAGUUCUCCUCGGUGUGUCGGCCACAAAUGUCCUCGCGCAAACCACACCUCCAGCCUGUGCGGUCACUUGUGGGACGAGUGCUGCGGGUGAUGCUGGAUGCUCUCUAGCUGACACGAGCUGUCUCUGUGGCUCGCAGACUUUCGCAACUGAUGUCGGGCAGUGUAUCGGGUCGACAUGUUCUUCGACGGAUUUGCAGGCUGCUGCGAACUACUUUGCCGCUCUUUGCGCUAGUGUCUCUACUACCGCGUCAGGAUCCAGCGGAGCCACCACGACCGAUGUCCCGAUCCCCUCCUCCAGCACCACCGGAUCCAGCAUCUCCCUCACUGCACCCAUCACCGUCUUAUCAUCCACCGUCUCCGUACCCACCACAACCUCCACCUCACCCGUGUCCUCCGCCGCAUCCUCCGCUUCCUCGGCGAUAUCAAGUGUGGCAUCCAGCGUCUCGUCGGCGAUUUCGAGCGCGAGCAGGAGCGUGGCGAGUCGAUCGAGUAGUGCUAGUGCGAGUGCGAGCUCGGCGUCGUCUGCGGCGGCUAGUUCGAGUGCGGCGGGGAGCAAGGUCGGGCUUGGGUUUGGUGGGGUUUUGGGGAUGGGGGUCGCACUUGUGGGUGGAUUAGUUGGGGGUUUGAUGGUGUUGUGAGUGAGGGGAUGGAUGGUAUUGUGAGUGGGCGAUGUGGGAAGAUGAACGGUAUGGUGCCGGGUGCGCGAAUCAAAGUGCUGGGCGACGUCGUGAGCUGUAGGUUUGUGAAUAGGGUGGGGUGGGUCGAUGCAUGGUGGAUGGAUGUUGGUGGGUUGACGGACUGUAUUCGGAUCUUUGGGACUUUUCGGCUUAUGUUUUCUCUGGAUGUUGGGCUGUAUGCUUCGUCUUACCGCUUUCAUUGAUCCUUGUCAGAUUAUUCGCUUAACCCUGCAGGUGUGCAGGCUCGACGGUGAAAAAUCCUUCUUGAUUUGGCUUUGAGCGCUAUUGUCGGGUUGACGCAGAAUGACUCUCGCUUCAUGCGAAGAAUAGCUUCGUAAAGUCGACUCACAAGCUUGAAGGUUGUAUUGACAUGCAAGGAUUUCAGCAUCCGGAUGUUUCGAAAAUGUCGACUACUUUUUGC